ACAGAAGCUUUGUUUUCACACUGAGGAGGGCAUUCGCUGCAGAAACAUGUGGGUUUGAAGCAUUAUAAUAAGCUUAAUAAGCAUUUUUUUAAGCUUUCCAUGUGAAUUUAUAUAGUUGAAUUAAGGCUUUUUAACAAUUCGAAUUUUGGAUAAUCAUUGUUUAAGUCUGUUGAGAUGGAUCUGAACCUCAUGAGGGAAAUCGCUGCCUUUCUUUUAUUAAUCCAGUGGAAAACUUCUGACAGCGCUUCUCACAGCAUCGUUGCAACAUGUCAAAAACAGUCUGAUGAUUAUUAUGAAGAAUAUAUAUAUCGUGAAUCGAACCCUUCACCUCUACAUAAUCUGACUGCAGAACUGAGUGAAUCUCAAUCCUCCUUUACUAUAAGAUGGGCCAUUAAUGUGGACAGCACCAUUCGCAGUCUCACUGGCACACUGAUCAGAUGGACAGAGCCAGAUGAUUAUAGAAGAUAUACAAUUUAUAAAUGUGGAUACAAGCCUGAGUUCUCCUCUGAUCAGAUCAGCCUCGCUGGCCUACAACAGCUGUGGUUCAGUUUCUCUGUGCCAAAUGGAUCCGUUUGUCCUUCAAAGAAGUAUGACCUCUUGGCCUAUAACCUUCCCGAACCAAACCCUGGAACAGGCGACAAAUAUAUAGAGACUUUCAAAGCAGACUUCUCAGCUAAGAUCCAAUGGAACGCUCACAUUUCUUCAGUCCUUCAUGAUGAUAAGAUAACGGUGAGCUUCAGUGUGAGCUCUGUGGCGGACCGACACACCAUCCAACUGAAGAACACAAAAGAAACCCUAAAGACUGUUGAGAUAAAAGGGGGAUGCGAAGUAGAGAAAUGUCAAGUGGAAGUGGAAUACACGGGUCCCUGUGAAGACCUUACAAUAUUGUUAACAUCUCACUCUGAACACUGCAAGGAUGUAAAAGAAGUUCAGCAUAAAGUGAUCUGUACGAAUCAGUCUGGGUUGGCCAUUGCUGUCGGGUGCGUUCUGGCGCUUCUUUUCGUGCUUCUCUUCUGCGGCUGCAUCGCGUGUCAGGUGCUGCGGCGGCGGCGUGCCUCGAAGCGUGGCGUGUCCGCGCGAGUGUUGCUGGUGUAUCCCGCCGUGGACGGUGUGUUUCAGCGCGCUGUGAUGCUCCUGGCUCAAUCCCUGCAGAGGCGCGCUGGCGUAACCGUGGUCAUCGACGUGUGGGACCGAGCUAGCCUAGCGGAACAAGGCCCGCUCCGCUGGAUCAACACACAGGCCGAGCUCGCGGACCGAGUCCUCCUCAUCACACCGCCUCAGACCGACGACCUUAAAUCAAACCAAGUUCCCGGCGGGAGCGAUGACACGGUUUCGGCUUCGGCCAGCAGUCUCUUCGCCCUGACCCUUAACCUGCUGUCCAGCGCUGCCCAUGACCCGCUCGGCCGGGACAAGUUCUGGGUGGUCCACCUGCGGGCCGAGGACCAGAGCGAGCGACCCGAGCUGAGAGGAUUCAGGAGAUUCCUCCUGCCCCGAGACUCAGAGAAGCUCCAUCAGCAGCUGUGGAGAGGAGAGAUGUGCUCCUGCUUCUCCGUCAGGAAAGCCCUGGAGAAGAUGGAGAUCCACACGGACCUCCUAACCUGCGGCGAAGACCUCAGCCGGCACCAAACCACUCAUCUCCUGCCCUGAGACCUGCCUCUGUUCAUUUUGUUAACAUGAAGGAUUUAUAAAUGCUAAUGUUUAGGAGAGAAUCUUUUGAGAAUUUAUUUAUAUUUAUCAUUUAUUCAUUUAGCGACUUACAAUUGCUAUAAAUGUCAGAGGUCACACGCCUCUGGA